AUGACCACAACUAUCGCGCAGGAACAGUUUCUUCAACAAUUCAAGCCCAAGGAGUCCAUGGUCGGGACAAUUGUCGCAAUCAUGCAAGCCGGAGGCUUCUUUGGCUGUCUGACGGCGGGCAAACUGUCAGAUCUAUGGGGACGAAAGAAAGCAAUCAUGUUUGGCUGUGUGUUUGUGGUGGUCGGCGGUGCUCUCCAAGCUGCGGCAUAUCACACCGCCAUGCUCAUUAUCGGACGAUUGGUCACUGGCUUCGGUGUUGGAUCCCUGACCAUGACCGUGCCUGUGUAUCAGGCGGAAAUCUCACCACCUCGUUGGCGAGGGACCAUCGUCGGCUGUCAGCAACUGAUGCUAGCAAUAGGAAGCGCCAUUGCCAACUGGACUGGGUAUGGUUGCAGUUUCGUGAACUCCUCCUUCCAAUGGCGCAUGCCGCUUGCUCUACAGGCUCUCCCGGGAAUUGUGCUUUUUUUUGGCUCCUGCUUUCUUCCCGAGUCACCACGGUGGCUUGUGGAACACGACGCGCUGGAUGCUGCGUUACACGUAGUACAGCGCCUAUAUCCCGACAAACAGAACCUGGAUUCGGCUUACGCCGAGUUCCAGGAAAUUGUGGAGCAGAUCAAACAAGAAAAAGCACAGACCUCGGAACGCAGUUACCUCCAGAUCUUCCGGCGAAAGGCAUGGAGGAAACGGCUCUUCCUAGGGGCCGGUAUCUGGCUAAUGCUGAAUCUGACCGGGGUCAAUGUACGUCUUUUGCCAUUCUGA